AUGGUCUUAAAUACUGAUUUAGUUCCAGCAGAUAAUGAUCCAGUGAAUUUAAUUAAGUUAGCACCUUUUUCUUAUGAAAAACGGAAGUGUAUUUUGCGUAUGGGUCCACAUCAACCACUGAAAGAAGAUAUGCCUGAAAGAAAGUUUCCUGUUCGUAAUGGUAGAAGUUUUCAAGUGUCUUGGUUUACCAAAAUAUUCCCAGAUGGCAGUUCUUCUAUAAGAGAAUGGAUGUCUUAUUCUAAAAUUAAAGAUAAAAUUGUCUGUCUCUAUUGUAUUUUAGUCGACCAUAUUGAUGCUUGCAUCAAAAUUAAAAUUGAAGAACAAUCCAUACCUCUACUACCUUCAUUAAUAAAAGCUAAAAAUGAGCAAGUGGCUGCUAAUCGUUUAGUAGUUGAGUCUAUAAUUGAUUGUUUAUUAUAUCUUGCACAACACUCAUUAGCUCUAAGAGGUCAUAAAGAAAAUUGGACUAACUAUAUAAAAGGAAAUUUCAAGGACCUUCUGUGUUUAAUGGGAAAGUACUAUCCUCCUCUUGGAGCAUAUAUUGAACAACAUAAAUAG